GGUUUGUAUUGUUGCAUGUGUGGUACCUUUCUGUCUUUUCUGAGUUUCUUCCGGACAGUGCUGCUUCUGGUCCUCUGGUGGAUUCCCCCUGCUUGGCAGUACCAGGCCUGGAGCAGAAGCUCAGUGACUUGUUGGCCUGUCCAGCGUGGAUAUCAGCUUUAUCGAUAUGCCACGACUCAGGCGAAAACCAGCAGGAAUUCCCUUCUGACAGAUGUGAUUGCUGCUUAUCAGAGGCUGUGUUCUCGGCCUCCAAAAGGAUUUGAAAAAUACUUUCCCAAUGGAAAAAAUGGAAAAAAAGCUAGUGAACCUAAAGAAGUUAUGGGAGAAAAAAAAGAACCCAAGCCAGCUGCUGCCUCGCGUCCUUCUGGAGGAGUUGGUGGUGGUGGAAAACGAGGUGGCAAGAAGGAUGACUCUCACUGGUGGUCCAGGUUCCAGAAGGGUGACAUCCCAUGGGAUGACAAGGAAUUCAGGAUGUACUUUCUCUGGACCGCCCUGUUUUGGGGAGGAUUCCUGUUUUACUUCCUGUUCAAGAGCUCCGGGAGAGAAAUCACAUGGAAGGACUUUGCCAACAACUAUCUUUCCAAGGGAGUAGUAGACAGACUGGAAGUUGUCAACAAGCGAUUUGUUCGAGUGACUUUUACACCAGGAAAAACUCCUGUUGAUGGACAGUACGUCUGGUUCAAUAUUGGCAGUGUGGACACCUUUGAGCGGAACCUGGAGACUCUGCAGCAGGAACUGGGCAUAGAAGGGGAGAACCGGGUCCCUGUGGUCUACAUUGCUGAGAGCGACGGUUCCUUCCUCCUGAGCAUGCUGCCCACCGUACUCAUCAUCGCCUUCCUGCUCUAUACCAUCCGGAGGGGCCCAGCCGGGAUCGGCCGCACAGGCCGGGGCAUGGGCGGACUCUUCAGUGUAGGAGAGACCACCGCCAAGGUCCUCAAGGAUGAGAUCGACGUGAAGUUUAAAGAUGUGGCUGGCUGCGAGGAGGCCAAGCUGGAGAUCAUGGAAUUUGUGAAUUUCCUGAAAAAUCCAAAGCAGUAUCAAGACCUGGGAGCAAAAAUCCCAAAGGGUGCCAUUCUCACUGGUCCUCCGGGCACUGGGAAGACACUGCUGGCUAAGGCCACAGCUGGAGAAGCCAAUGUCCCUUUCAUCACCGUUAGCGGGUCUGAGUUCUUGGAGAUGUUUGUUGGUGUGGGCCCAGCUAGAGUCCGUGACUUAUUCGCUCUUGCUCGGAAGAACGCCCCUUGCAUCCUCUUCAUCGAUGAAAUAGAUGCGGUGGGAAGGAAGAGAGGCAGGGGCAACUUUGGCGGGCAGAGUGAGCAGGAGAACACGCUCAACCAGCUGCUUGUGGAGAUGGAUGGAUUCAACACAACCACCAAUGUGGUCAUCUUGGCGGGCACCAACCGACCAGAUAUCCUAGACCCAGCUCUGAUGAGGCCCGGCCGCUUCGACAGGCAGAUCUUCAUUGGACCGCCAGACAUUAAGGGAAGAGCUUCUAUUUUCAAAGUUCACCUCCGACCUCUGAAGCUGGAUAGUGCCCUGGAAAAGGAGAAGCUGGCGAGGAAGCUCGCGUCUUUGACCCCGGGGUUUUCAGGAGCCGAUGUUGCCAACGUGUGCAACGAAGCUGCUUUGAUUGCCGCGAGACACCUUUCAGAUUCCAUAAACCAGAAACACUUUGAACAAGCAAUUGAACGAGUGAUUGGCGGCUUAGAGAAGAAAACCCAGGUCCUACAGCCCGAGGAGAAGAAGACAGUGGCAUACCACGAGGCAGGCCACGCAGUUGCCGGUUGGUACCUGGAGCACGCGGACCCCCUCCUGAAGGUGUCCAUCAUCCCACGGGGCAAAGGGCUGGGCUAUGCUCAGUACCUGCCCCGGGAGCAGUACCUCUACACCCGGGAGCAGCUCCUGGACCGCAUGUGCAUGACCCUGGGCGGCCGCGUGUCCGAGGAGAUCUUCUUUGGCAGGAUCACUACUGGUGCCCAGGACGACUUGCGCAAAGUGACCCAGAGUGCCUACGCCCAGAUUGUUCAGUUUGGCAUGAACGAGAAGGUUGGGCAGAUCUCCUUUGACCUCCCACGUCAGGGGGACAUGGUGUUGGAGAAGCCUUACAGCGAGGCCACCGCCAGACUCAUAGAUGACGAAGUACGAAUCCUUAUCAACGAUGCUUACAAGAGGACAGUGGCCCUCCUCACAGAGAAGAAAGCUGACGUGGAGAAGGUUGCUCUGCUGCUGUUAGAAAAAGAAGUGUUAGACAAGAACGACAUGGUGGAACUUCUGGGCCCCAGGCCAUUUGCGGAGAAGUCUACAUAUGAGGAGUUUGUGGAAGGUACCGGCAGCCUGGACGAGGACACCUCGCUCCCAGAGGGCCUGAAGGACUGGAACAGGGAACGCGAGGGCUCGGAGGAGCCCGCGGGCGAGAAGGUGACCAGCCAGGUCCAGGGUGCCGGCCCUGCGUAGCUCCUGGUGCUGCACCCUCAGAGCUGCCCCAAGGGCACGGCAAGAAGGGGUGCUUCGUCCUUGGCCUCGGAGGUCACAGGGGCGGGAGUGCGUCCCCAGCCUCCAGUCUCCUGUACCCUCACGUGGGGGUGUGCUCACCAUUACCCGCCCUUCACUCCCACCUCCCUCAGAGUCUCCCUCUGUGAUGGGCUGUGAAAUUAAGAGCAUUUCUACUUGAUUUAAUAUUUUAAAGACGGAACCCAAGCUACAUGCUGCUGUUCUGUGAUGGAGUGGUUUUCUAGGAGAGCUGUGUAACAUAUUUAAAAAUAUGAAUGUAUUGUGUAAAUACGGCUUCUUUAUGUCACAAAUAAAGUGUAAAUGCUG